AUGCCGAUUAUGAUUCCAGGAGGUUUGAAAAAUUUGACUCCAGGCACCAGAAACUAUAGGAUCCGCCUACAAGGAACUGGUGACAUUUCGUUUAUGAAUGCUACCGAUGUGUUUGUGCAGAGUCAAAACAUUUCCAUUUUCAUUCAAACCGACAAAGGAACUUACAAAGCCGGCCAGAAAAUCCAAAUCCGUAGUUUUGCAUUGUAUCCCAAUAGUUCUAUCUAUACUGGAAAUUUCACAUUGGAUAUACAGGAUCCUAAGGCCAACAUAAUUAAGCACUGGAAUAACCUUCAGAAUACGAGUUAUGGUGUGAUCUCUAAAUCCCUUGAUUUGGAUAGUCAGCCUGUACUAGGAGACUGGGUCAUAAAGGUCACAGCUCAAGGGGUCACAAAAAGGGCAACUGUCAAAGUCGACGAAUAUGUACUUCCCAAAUUCAAGUUGGAGACAAGUUUUCCACAAUCGGCUCAAGUCAGUGAUAGGGAGGUUUCAGGAUCAGUUGUGGCCACGUAUACGUACGGACGCCCUGUCCCAGGGCGGGUCAACAUCUCAGUCUCCAUACCUUCUUUAGCAGGAAGCUUCAAGACUUGGUCUGGACAAAUGUUCACUGAUUCUAGACAUGUAACAAAGGAAGAGAAAUUCACAAUUCCACUCAGCCAUUUAAGAGAUCACCUUUCGCACGGAGACCGAGUUUCAAAUCAUGUAGAUGGAACUCAAAUAAAAGUUGAGGUGAAAUUUACCGAAGAUAACACAGAGAAAACAGUGUCUAAAACGUCAUAUAUCAGGCUACAAAGUCAUGGGGUUCAGUUCUCCAUAAGUCACAAAGGAUCUAACAGAUACAUUCCAGGAUUUAAUUUUCCGAUCAAGAUUAUAUUUACGGACAACGAGGGCAGGGCACCAAACAAACACCUUCCUCCAGCGCACCUUGUCGUAAAUUCACAUAACUCUUCUGGUACUAACACGGAACAAGACAAACAUAUUCCUAUCCCGUCCAAUGGGCUCAUAGAUAUUGAUGUUCCCACUCCUAAUAAGACAGAUGUACACAUAUUGGAAAUUAAUGUUACACAUGACAAUAUUGUUAAAACGCUCACUCUAAACGCAUAUGACAGCAACCAAACGCAUAUAAAGAUAAACGUUUUGUCCGCCGAUCAUAGGGUUGGAAAACCCGUGACAUUGAAUAUACAGGCAAACAAACCAAUCACUGAAGUAUAUUAUCAGUUCGUUUCGCGCGGACUUCAAGUUUUAUCAGGAAGGCACGAUGUUAAUGGAAGGAUCAACUCCACAUUCAACGUCCAAAUUAACGAAGAAAUGACUCCUGAAACCUCGAUCCUAGUUUAUAAUGUCGACUCCGACACUGGCAAUAUUUAUGCCGACCAGGCUUCCAUUUCAGUAAAUGGAAUGUUGACAAAUUCGGUGUCUGUCAUGUUUGGACAAACACAGGUAGAACCUGGAGACAGAGUCAAUCUAAAUCUUCAGACGGCUCCACAUUCAAUGGUUUAUCUAUCAGCUGUCGAUACAUCCUCGAUAUUAAUGGGAAAUGAUAAUGAUAUAAUUGAACAAUCAUUAAUCAAUGGAAUGAAGGAGUACAAACCCAGUAUUCAAGAACAACUUUACUUCUACAAGAUGAGCUGUGGAUCCCAAUCUGCCAUUCAAGUCGACCAUGAUAAUACUUAUUCAGCGUACAGAUUUGAGGAAGCUGGAGCUAUGAUAGUUACCGAUGUCCAGAACUAUGUCCCGGCUUCAUACAAGUUUCACCCUUAUUAUGAUCUGUCUGCUAUAUGGCAAUCAUGGCAUCAUUCAUGCGGUGAAUGUUGCGGUAUGACGUAUCCUCCACAACCACUGCCUACCUACAUGUCUCAUACGUACGCACCAGGAGGCGUUGUUGGCACACCAAUGCCCGCCUACCCGUCCACUCCUUUCUUUUUCACAACAACUUACCGUCCAUUUCAAACAACAACGCCUUCUCUUUCUGCUCAUUUGUCUACAGCCAAACAUGUUCGUUCAAACUUUCCAGAGACAUGGCUAUGGACAAGUCAAUUUGUUGGGGAUUCUGGAAAUGUGACUAUUUCUUCAGUUGCUCCAGACUCCAUCACUUCUUGGGUAGCUAGUGCUUUCUCUAUGAACAAAGACGUUGGUAUCGGAGUGUCCAGUGCUGCUUCCAAGCUGAAUGUAUUCAGGCCCUUCUUCAUCAACAUCAAUCUUCCAUUCUCUGUCAUACAUGGUGAGGAGGUAGUAUUACAAGUAAACAUCUUCAACUACAUGACUGAGAAUCUCACAGUUUUAGUGACCCUAGAACAUAAUUCAGAUUUUCAAAACAUAGUCGUUGAUGACUUGGGAUACACACAUUAUGAAUCCAUCACAAAGACGUCAAAUAUCCAGGUAUGUAUUCUACUACUGUAA